CCUAUACGAGUCUGUUUAACCUUCCUCCUAACUCUACUCAUUUUACUCAACUUUGUUAAGGGGGGAUUCAUCUCGCUUGACUAUACUGUAGACUGAAUCUAUAUAACCAUCAGUCUUCUGGGCUGCCUCCUAUUUCCAAAAACCAACCAAUAUAUUCACAUUGUAGUGUAGUUUACUUUGUGUGUGCCUUAUGUGAUUUUUUUGGAUUAUCACCAUGUGGUCAAGACAGAUAUUUGUUGCAAUACUUCUGGUAACCUGGGAAUGGCAACAAGUUGCUGCUGUUGUUAAUAAUGGUCAACCGUCUGAAGUGGAAGAAUCGAAAGAAAUCUCUCCUGAUAAAUCUCAUGAUGAUAAACCCACAGAUAAUGGAGUGGAUUCAGUAGCGGCAGGUACCGAUGAAAAAGCGAACCGACGCGAAGCUCCGCUAUCUCUUGGUGAUACAUAUGGAGCACCAGCAGUUGUACCAAGUGACUCCUAUCUUCCUUCAGGGCCUAGUAGUAACCUACCGGUGCCCGUUUAUGGAGUUCCUGAUGCUCCUACAAACCAUAUAAUUUAUCCACAACCACCUCCGGAUAUUCCUCCACCGGUUUCGUUGCCAUCAUCAUCGUAUGGAGCACCAUUAUCGGGUAUAUAUGGAGCUCCUCUGUCGAAUAAUUAUUUGCCUCCACCUUCAGGAUUAUCAAAUUUGAAAUUUGAGGAUCCCCUACUGACUGCACCAAAAUAUUUAGGACCUGGUCCUGGUAGAAUGAAACCUGUAUAUGGACCUCCUCGUUUUCAAUAUGGUCCUCCAGGUAAACCAUUAUUCAACCAUAAGUUCAGUUCAAAACCUCCAUUUAAGUAUUUCGGUGGACCGAAAUAUCCUAAACCAUCAGGCACAUAUGGACCACCAUCAGGAUAUUUUAAAAAUAAUUUAAGUUUCACAAAAUUCAACACAAAAUUCAAUGGUGGUAAUUUUCUUUCACACACUCAAUCAGAACAUCAUGGUCAUUCCUCACAUUCUAGUGUUUCUGGCCAUUCCGACUAUUCUGGUCAUUCCGGGACAUCUGGUAUUUCUACACAUUAUGGAGUACCAUCCCCUGGCGUUCAAACUCAUUUGACAAAUGUGGAUGUUUCCAAUCUGAUAGGAAAUGGAGUCAAUAACCAAUACGGAGUUCCAAAUUUAGGCCUCCCUAACACGGGAUUACAUUCUAUUCCUAACCAAUAUGGAAUUCCUGAUGGAGAUAUACUGGGACCCCCAAAGCCCCAUUAUGGUCCACCACAACCUUCCCCUCAUCCUAAACCCCCUCAUCCAGGUGCUCCAGCCCCACCAACUCCCCCGGAUAUUAAAUAUGAUGGAUGGCAACCAAUACCAGGAUUAGUUUCAAGAGUACCAACUUCAUCGUACGGUGUACCACCAAGUGAUAAUCAUAUUGAAAAUGAUGUUAGUUACCAUAACGACUUAGUACCUCCAGCAAUAGGCAAUAACCUUGAACAUCAAACAAUACAGCAUGAAUCAGUCGGAAAUCUUGCUUUAGAGACAUCAUAUGGAACUCCACAUCAAGGUGCACGAGACUCUUAUCGUGCUCCUUUGAAUACUGUAACUGGUUCAGGAGCAGUUAUUAUUGCUUCAGGAGAAGAAGCGCAUGGAAAUCAUGUUCACCAUCAUGCUCAUCAUACAGAUAAUGCCAAUAACAUUGAUAUCUUGUCUUCAACAAGUGGAUUGGGACAAGAAGUUCAAGCUGUGAAAAGUAUAGGGUACGAAAUUUUUCCUAGUAGUAGCGGAACAAUCUCUAAUGGACUAGGACAAAAUAAUGAAGCAUACAAAACUCAAAUAUCUCACUCCGGUAAUAGGCAGUAUGCAGGACCCCAUUCACAGAGUAAUACAGGAACCUUUGGUUUUUCUGCCAAUGAAAUUUCCAGUCAUGAUUUUCACAAUUUUCACAAAUCUCACAAACAUAAAGGUUUAUCAUUCUCUACUUCCGGUGUAGGAUUGAUACCACCAAGUGGAGUUUAUGGAGUACCUCCAAGUGGACAAUAUGGCACACCUCUCUUCACAGGUCCCAUACAUGGGUUCUCUCACAACGCACCUAAACUGAACCCACCAAAACAUCCUAUACUCUACAGAGAGCCUGUGCCAUCUGGAAUAUUCGACUCUAUCACGAAACAAACAGCUCAUAAGUACCGUGGACAUUCCAGUCAAUCCACAUACCUUUCUCCCCCUGUUCCUGAUAUUCCAAAUCCCACCAAAGAAUAUGGAAUUCCACCACCUUCAAGUCUGUAUAGCUUACCGAAGACGCAUUCUGCAGUUUCAUUUCAAAAUAAUAACAAUGGUUUCGCAUCUACCGGUUUCAAAUAUAACGUAGAUGCUGGAUCGUCAUCACUCAUCUCAAGUUAUGGGCCUUCUUUGAAUAUCAUAGAAAGUUCGUACAAUCUGCCUACCGGAGCACAUUCCGUUGGUUAUGAUGUGAUUGGUUUAGAUCAGUCUCAUCCAGGAGUAACAAUAGAUUUUACGCAAGGUCAUGUUCCCCAAAGUGAUAGUUACAGCAUUCCUCACGAUUGCAGCUUGAAGUCACAGAAUCUUCCUCCACUUUCUUAUGGUGUGCCAUCUGCAAGUAGUUAUACCGCAUCGCUAUCAACACUCACCACUAACAUAGGUGGAUCAAACAGUGGUUCUUCAACGAAUAUAGCGGGAUCAUAUAGUGGUUCUUCAACGAGCAAAAAGGGAUCAUAUAGCAGUUCUGGAGGAUCAUUUAGUGGAUCAACAUACAGAAACGCAGAACCGUUACCCGUCCCACAGUCACAAAUAGGUUACGAAGUUUCUGAACCAAAACCCCACGAAACGUAUGGAGUUCCAGAUUCAAGUGGCUCACAUAGCCAAAAGAUCAGUUCAGAGGUUAAAACGAAUUUAAUUGGAGAAGAAUCUCAAGGAAAGUCUUACGGAAAAUCAGUGGCUGAAAGUUUUGGAGCAAGCAGUGAAUUGAUUCAGUCUCAAAGUAUUGAUUUCAAUAAUAUUCCUCUACAAGGUGCUUUGGGAAGUUAUACUCUACAAAUUCAGUCAGCAGAUGGAAGCCAGAAUGAAGUACCACAUGGUCAGGUUCUGAAUGACGGUCUGCUGCAAUCCAUUUUAGCUGCUAUAGAACAACCUUCAAAAGGUGAAAGCUUAGCUGGCCAACCAAUCAUUCAAUUCCAGAAAAGCUUGGAACAACAAAACUUUGUUACGAAUGAUACAAUAUCAUCUGUAGUAGAAAAACUAGCUGAUGCUGAAAUCAGACAUUCUACUCAACUUGCCAAAGAUGAAAUUGAAAAAUCUUCUGAGUUGACUGAUUCUGAAAUUCAGCAUUCUUCACCUCAUCAACAUUUUGUUAAAUCAACAUCAACUGAACUUGAGGACAGUGGGAAUUCACAAGAUGGAAGCGAUGUGGAUAAUGUUGAUGAAACAACUAUUCCUCUAUUAGAAGACAACGGAAUUGCUCUCUAUUUUAGUAAUAAUCAACGAUCCAAGAAAGAAACUUCUGAAGAAGGAAAUCUUGGAAAAAAUGAUAUGAAGGGUGAAUCCACACACAAUAGUCAUUGAAGGGUUAUUCAAAGUGACUGAUGAAUAAUAGUUGCUCAAAGAAAUUGUUUUGAUCAUGAAACCAUUUGUAAAUAUUAUGAUCAUGAACAAACUUUGCAUCAUUUUUUUAUCAUUAGGUUUAUACUCAUUAUUUAUUAUUAUCUAUUUAUUUAUUUCAGUUGUAUUGCAAUGUUAUUGUGAAAUAAAAAAGUUUU